UUUUUUUUUGUCGUCUUUUUUUUUCGACUUCUUUAUCUCUUGUACUACUUUCUUUAUACACCCUGUUUUAUGGUUCGAAUCACUUCAGAUCGAUAUAAUGAGGCUUACGAAAGAAUCAAACGUGAUUCAUUGGAUGGUAAUUGUAUCAUAUUUGUGGCGCCUGAUGUAGACGCUAUAUGCUGUUGCAAGAUUUUACAGUCAUUACUGAAACGAGAUAUUAUUCAACAUAAAAUCGUUCCUGUAUCUGGGUAUCAAGAUUUACAAAAGGCUAAUGACGACCUGGUGGCUAAGGAUGAGCAGUUACGAACAAUUAUCAUGAUCAACUGUGGUGGACUCGUUGAAUUAUCGGAAAUCCUCAAAGUUAACGAUCUUGUUACUAUUUAUAUCUUGGAUAGCCAUCGACCUUUACACUUAGACAACAUUGUAGGACAUAACAACAUUUGUGUAUUUGACGACGACGAUGAAAGUGAAAAGAUGGAAGAAUUAAUACAAAUUUAUGAAGAACUAUUCUAUCAAGAUUCCGAAGAAGACGAUGAUAUAGAAGAUGACGAUGAAAUCGAUACAGACGACGAACGGAUACAAAGUAAUAGACCACGACAACGAAGAAGACUAAACGACGGUACCAAUACUAAUAAACGUCUUCAACAACGGAAAAGGGAAGAACAGCUACAAGAUUAUUACAGUAGUUUGUAUUAUGCCAAUUCAUCUGCUGGACAAAUGUAUAUACUUGCUACACAGUUAGGCAAGACAAACAACGAACUAUUAUGGCUUGCUAUAACUGGAGUCACGGCACAAUACAUAUUUGAAAAGAAUGAUACUACAAAAUAUAUGGAUUAUGUCAAACGUUUCAGUGAUGAUGUAGCUUUAUUCAAUCUAUCAGCAUCAAAUUCGACCAACAAGACAUCAUCAUCAUCAUCAACUAAAGCAGAAGACAGUAUUCAAUGUGAAGACGAAUAUCGAUUUAUGCUCUUUCGACAUUGGAGUCUUUAUGAUAGUAUGUUUCAUUCUGGAUACGUUGCAAGCAAACUAGGCGUAUGGCGGGAAUUUGGACAAAAACGUCUGAACAAUAUGUUUGCGAAAAUGGGAUUUUCAUUACAACAAUGUCACCAAGUAUAUACCCACAUGGACAUGGAUUUGAAGAAUAUUCUACGAACCAAAAUUGAAACAGUAGCACCCUUAUAUGGUUUGACAGAUAUAUGUUUCCCAAGCUUUUCACGAACGUAUGGUUGGAAAUAUAGAUUAUCUGCUAGUGAUGUUGUUUAUGCUUUGGCGACAUUAUUAGAAACAAGUCCUUCAGCGGCUGCAGCAUUAGGGGAACCUGUAGAUUGGAAUGAUGAUCAAGAUUGGGGUGAAUUGGAGGAUACAACGAACGAACACCCACAAGAUCUUGGUAGUGUACGAAGAAAAUGGUGGAUGCGAAACUUUUAUACAUCUUAUGAUUCUUUGAAUAGUAUCGACGGGAUUCGAAGAGGGAUUAGUUUAUGUAUGAAAAUACAAAAGGCUAUUGUCAGACAAGGAACAUCGAUUAUCGACAAGAAGAAUACUAGAACACUGAAGAGUUUUCGUAUGGUGCUUAUCAAGGAUGGGCCAGAUUUACCAUUAUUCCAACAUCCAUUAACACUCUCGAAACUUGCAUUAUUUUUGACUGACGCUUAUCGGGAACAUGGAAAACGUAAUUUACCAUUUGUAAUAUCCUCCUUGGAUGAAGAACAUGAUUCAUAUUUAGUAGUAGCAAAUACUGGUGCUCCAACUUUUGGUGAUGUACGAAGAAAUCGAUUUGGUAUUGCUUUCCAAAUAGCUUCUGUAGAAACAAACGCACGGACAUCAUUUGAUAGCUUUGAAACUUCAGUAUUACAGAUUCAUAAAAAUGAUUUAGAACAUUUCUUAGAAAAGUUAUAUGUUGGUGCUUCAUAGUGAUUCAAUAAAAUGAUACAAAUUUCAAAUAAUGCCG